UGGGGCUGAGGAAGGCCUGUGUGCGGAGGGUGCGGCCUUCGGCUAAGGCAGAGGACCGGGGUUGGGUCCGUGGCGGCGGGAGGGGUGGCCUCCUGCACUGGGCGCCCCAGGGGACCUGAGGCGCGACAAACAGUCGGCGCGUUUGGUACUCGCGCCCGCAGAGCUUUCAACCUCCGCGCCGGCUGCGCCUGUUUCUCUGCGAGGGAAGCAAGGCCACGCGGCCUACGUAGCCGAGUCGGAACCAACCGGUUGUUUGGUGAAACCUACCCCAGAGCCUCCCACGGCCCACAGCGCACAGACAGUCUCCGUCUGUCGCCCAGGCUGGAGUGCAGUGGCACGAUCUCGGCUCACUGCAACCUCCAUGUCCCGAGUUCAAGAGAUUCUUGUGCCUCAGCCUCUGGCGUAGCUGGGAUUUACAGAUGUGCGCCACCAUGCCCGGCAAAUUUUUCUAUUUUUGCAGAGACAGGAUUUCACCAUUUUGUCCAGGCUGGUCUCGAACUAUUAACCUCAAGUGAUCUGACCUCCCAAAGUGCUGGGAUUACAGGUGUGAGCCAUCACGCCUGGCCACUUUUCUCCAAAGUUUUAAACCAAAGCCUUCUUUGGCAGAGCUAGGACCCUUCCCAUUCUGUCCUAUGCUGCUUCCCUUUAUAAGGACACUCCCAUUGUUGUACUAUAAUCAUCUCUUGGUCUCUCCAGACUCCCCCACUCUGAGCCCUCCUUACAGUCUAGAAAAAAUGACAGACCUCGUAGCUGUCUGGGAUGUUGCUUUAAGUGACGGAGUCCACAAGAUUGAAUUUGAACAUGGGACUACAUCAGGCAAACGAGUAGUAUAUGUAGAUGGAAAGGAAGAGAUAAGGAAAGAUUGGAUGUUCAAAUUAGUGGGCAGAGAAACAUUCUGUGUUGGAGCUGCGAAGACAAAAGCGACCAUAAAUAUAGAUGCUAUCAGUGGUUUUGCUUAUGAAUAUACUCUGGAAAUUAAUGGGAAGAGUCUUAAGAAGUAUAUGGAGAACAGAUCAAAAACCACCAAUACUUGGGUAUUACACAUGGAUGGUGAGAACUUUAGAAUUGUUUUGGAAAAAGACACUAUGGACGUAUGGUGCAAUGGUAAAAAACUGGAGACAGCAGGUGAGUUUGUAGAUGAUGGGACUGAAACUCACUUCAGUCUCGGGAACCACGACUGUUACAUAAAGGCUGUCAGUAGUGGGAAGCGGAAAGAAGGGAUUAUUCAUACUCUCAUUGUGGAUAAUAGAGAAAUCCCAGAGAUUGCAAGUUAAUGAAUCUUAAUCUUAAGAAGUAAAGAUCAGGACUUUUUAAUUACUGUGGUAAUUAAAUUGUUCAGUAUGUACUUAUCAGUACAUUUAGUCUGCAAUGUUUUUAUUUUUUAAAAAGUUACAUGAAACUGUAACAUUCCAAGGGUCAGGGAAAAAACCAAUUAUGUAUAGUCAUAAAAAUUACAAUGUAUGAUGCAAAUAAUGUAAAAUGUUUUAAAGACAAAUGGAAAAUAAGAUAUGGACCAAAGUCACUAAUGUUUUACAACAGUAACCUUUACUAUAAUAAAUACUGUAAA